AUGCACGCUACCGUAUCACAGCGACAGCUUGUGCUCAUCAUAACUACGGUUGCCGUUUGCCUCCUCACACGUGGAAGCGUUGCCGGCGUCCCACUGGUCACGCCAGUCACGGCUGGCUACAAUUCCUCUAUUCUGAUGUCAUGCUCUGGCGCAUUUGUCGUGGAAACUGGUGAAAAGGCAGCUGAAAAUCGAAGCAGAACAGCAACGAGUACUUGUAAUUUAAGCAAAGAUGGCAAUUUGGUAUUAAUCAUUGCACGCGCUGCUGAACACUCUUCCAGAAAUUACAGUUGUCGGGAUGACAAUAUUCCGGAUACGCCAGUUUCAUUCUACAUCAAUGUAACUAGAGUGCCGCAAUCACCAAUGAACAGCAAUGCUAACAUCUGGCUAUUUAUUAGCGACACAGAAAACUGUCUUUCUGGAAAAUGGGAACAUCUGAAAAGUGACCAGCAGUGGAUCGCCGAUGGCGGUGAAAUGAUCUGCAGCAGGAAAGCUGUAAUUAAUAACUGUAUCCAACAGCACUCUGCAAAACUGAAGCAAAAUGACGGAUUAAAUGAGGGAAACGGUUUUCAACGCUACUUGGCACCAGUUAUUACGGCUUGUAUGCUGCUAUUCAUUGUUACAAUUGUCAUCAUUGGUUUCAUUUUCAUGAAGCGAAAACAUUCUGAGAUCGGCGAUUUGGUGAAAUUAUACAAUGAACUGAACGAACAAACUGAGCAGAAUUUGGUCGUACACGCUGAUAAGCCUCUUCGUGAGCAACUGGAUAAUUUACCUUUUGACAGGAGCUAUGAGAUCCGAUUGCAGCGCAUUGUUAUCAGAAAGGUAAAGAGUAAGGGUCGCUAUGGGAGAGUUUACAUGGCUGAGUUACGACCCAAAGAAUCUGGAAAAGAAGGCAUGGAGGUGAACGUAAAAGGCCCAAAGGAGGCCGCCAAAUAUGACGAUGUACGAUCGCUGGCUGAUGAGGCAAAAGUGAUGAUGGCCAUCGGGAUGCAUCCAAAUGUGCUCGGAUUAAUUGGCGUUGUUAUCGAGAAUAUGCCACGAGGUGGCGAUUUGUACGUGGUGGUGGAGUAUACUCUGCAUAAUCUCAAGACUUUUCUACACAAACGCAAGGAAUAUUUCAUCAACGAAUUGGUCUCCAAAGAUGACGCGGACCAGGUUUCGCUACGAAGGACCAAAAGCAAACACGAGCUACUUUUGCAGAAAAUACAUAAAACUCUGGGACCGUCGAUAACGACCACGGUCCUAUGCUCAUUUGCAUAUCAAAUCGCCAAUGGAAUGGAAUUCCUGGCACGUAAGAAUUGUGUUCAUCGGGAUUUAGCGGCACGUAAUGUCCUGCUUCGCGAGAAUCGCAUUGUUCGGAUAGCGGAUUUUGGCGAGGAUCGGCAGUGGGACUAUCUUUAUUUGAUGCAGGAGAUCGAAUACGCUUCACCCUUCAAAAUUAUGGCUCGCGAAUCGAUCAGUGAGUCCCGAUUUACCGAGAAAACCGAUGUGUGGUCGUACGGUGUAUUACUGUGGGAAAUUUUUACGCUUGGCGACGAUCCGCACAAAAAUAUCCAUUCGCCGCAAAAACUAGCGGAAUAUUAUCAGCACGGUGGACGUCUCAGGAAGCCCGUUUUUAUGCCUGAGAAUGUGUUAGUUUCAUUUACUGCAUCAUGCAAACCGAUGGACCCUUGCGCCGAAUGCUACUGA